UUGCAAAAUAGUGCUCUGCUAUUGAAUGGCGCCCUCGGAAUACGCUUGCGCUGUAGGCAUUACCAACCUGCUUUCCUGCCAAAUACAUGCCCUAGAUGCAGACUCACUGCGCGGCGUCGGAUGCUGUGCAGGUGGGGGAGCAAAACACUCGCGUGAAAACUGAUUAAGAAGAAGGCGAAAUGACAAGGACAGGUCUUGCAGUUGCAAGAAAAGCCUUCGUUAGACCUCGUCGCAGAUAUUCUUAUGUUAUAAGCCACAUCCAUCCUCAAUAUCACACCUUUACUCUCUCCGAGUGAUGCUGCUGCUGCUGUCUAUGCAGCAUCUUGAUCCUGAGCACUGACCCUAACAACCGCAAGGCCCCUAACUCAUCUACCUCGACAUCCCUCUUUACCCUGGUACUGGCACUGCUUCACACACAGAAGAUAGAUGAGCCUGGGAGGUGGUGCUUGAGUGGAGUCCUACUGGGAGAAGUAAUGCUCUGUGUGUAGACCUUCCCUUAUUCCAACCAUGAGUCACCAGGAGGUGCCGCAUGGCCAGGAGUUGAGAGAGGUGGCUGAGGCAGACCUGGAGCGUAGGGGCCCUGAGGGCCAACAGCCCCCCUCAUCCCACCGUAGACGCCAUGACAAUGGAGAUGGCAGCUCCCGCUCCGGUCGCCCCCGCAACCACCACAGCAACCACGGUACGGAGAAUAACCACUACCAGUCCCAACAGCAGGGGGCCCCACGUUACCGCAGGUACGAGGGAUCUAACGGAGGGACGAACCGCACACGUGCCACAAGAAGGCCAGCAGAAGAAGGUGAUACCGAACAGCAACCCGUUCAGCAGCCCAUACCGAGACCUGCAGUGACACGUUACCGCAGACAGGGGGACAACGAGGCCCGAAUCCGGGCGCAGCAACAGAGACAGCGACAGCGGGAGAGGCAGCAGAGAGAUGCAGAGAGAGCCGAACAGCACAGGCUGGAACAACAACAGCAUCUCAUCUCUCCUACACAAGCCAUGCUGCCCACUAGAGAGCCAGAGGAAGCUGAGGAAGACGAGGGAGAUGCCGGCAGCGCUUUGGCCCGAUCCGCCAGCACAGAGAGUGGCUUCCACAACCACACAGACCGUGCAGAGGGGGAUGCAGUCAUGGUCCUGGAAGCAGAGCCUGAAGACGAAAGCACAUAUGGCAUCCCACUUCGCCCGGAAUCGGAGGAGUACACAGAGAGCGCAGAGUCGGAGCAACAGCACGGUGGUCCAGCUUACCGCCAACCCCAAUACCCACCUCAGCCUCCGCCGCUACCUCGAGAGCCCCUGCCCAAUGCUGAGAGGCCCCAUGACGCAGAGACGAUAAACCCCAACUACUCCAAUUAUGUUUACACUCAACCCAUGUAUCGCAGUCCUACCGGAGCAGGAGAGGCCCAUGAAGGUGGAGCAACAGAAGAUGAGCCAUACUCUGAGCCCUACGCUGAAUACACCCUUCAGGAGCACGUUUAUGAGGAAAUCACGGACGCCCCCUCGGCCAAAGCUGAGGGACAGACUCCACAACAGCACAGGGCAGAGUUCAAGCUCUUCGAUCGUGACUUGUACCAGCAACAGGAGGCUGUUGGGUCCAGGCUCCACCACUAUGACGAGCGAUCCGACGGAGAGUCGGACAGUCCCGAAAAAGAAGCAGAGUUUGCCCCGUACCCCCGUGCCGACAGCUGCGAGCAGGAUGAGGACAUUGACCAGAUUGUGGCAGAGGUGAAGGAGAGUCUGAGCUCACAGAGCCUGGAGCGUGUCGCUAUGGGCCUGGACAAGGACGGUAAUACAGAAGAAGAGUGGUCUGAGUCAGAGUCCCAUGGUCAAAUGGACGAAAUCAAACCCCCGGAGCCAAUAAGUGAAAGAGAUGGUGUAGAGCAGCCCCCCAGAAGUCCCUCAGAAGAGCUAGCUCCAGUUGUUAGGAGCAGUCGUGAGAAGAGAGACGCAAUCUCACUGGCUAUUAAGGACAUCAAAGAGGCAAUAGAGGAGGUGAAGACAAGGACAGUCCGCUCGCCCUACACGCCAGACGAGCCCAAAGAACCCAUCUGGGUAAUGAGGCAGGACCUGAGUCCUACAGCAGAAUCUGACCUGCAGCCAUCUCUAGGGGCUGAUUCACCAGGCUCAGACUCCACCUCCCCACAGGGGGCGGAGUCUUCCAGCCAUCACCUGCCAUCACACGAGGGGAGUGACAGCUUUGAGUCUCCGUCCCCAGCCAGUAAAGAGUCAAGGAGAAGUCUUGCUUCAUUCCCGACAUAUGUGGAAGUACCAGGCCCAUGUGACCCAGAGGACCUCAUUGACGGUAUAAUCUUUGCUGCUAACUACCUGGGAUCCACCCAGCUGCUCUCAGACAAGACGCCCUCCAAAAACGUGCGCAUGAUGCAGGCUCAGGAGGCUGUGAGUCGCAUUAAGACGGCCCAGAAAUUAGCCAAAAACAGGAAGAAGGCUCCAGAAGGUGAAGCUCAGCCCAUGACAGAGGUGGACAUCUUCAUCUCCACUCAGAGAAUCAAAGUGCUCAAUGCAGACUCACAGGAGACCAUGAUGGACCACCCUUUAAGGACCAUCUCCUACAUCGCUGAUAUUGGGAACAUCGUGGUGUUGAUGGCCAGAAGGAGAAUGCCUCGCUCCGACUCUCAGGAGAACAUGGAAGCCUCUGAGCCGGCCCAGGACGAGAAGCGCCAAUACAAGAUGAUCUGUCACGUGUUUGAGUCUGAAGAUGCGCAGCUCAUAGCUCAGUCCAUCGGCCAGGCUUUCAGUGUGGCGUACCAAGAGUUUCUGCGUGCCAAUGGCAUCAACCCAGAGGAUCUGAGCCAGAAAGAGUACAGCGACCUCCUUAACACACAGGACAUGUACAACGAUGACCUCAUUCACUUUUCCAAGUCUGAGAACUGCAAAGAUGUUUACAUAGAGAAGCAGAAGGGGGAGAUUAUUGGGGUGGUGAUCGUGGAGUCGGGCUGGGGCUCCAUUCUGCCCACAGUUAUUAUAGCAAACAUGAUGCAUGGCGGCCCGGCUGAGAAGUCCGGCAGGCUGAACAUUGGGGACCAGAUCAUGUCCAUCAGUGGCACCAGCCUGGUGGGGUUACCCCUCUCCACCUGCCAGAGUAUUAUCAAGGGAUUGAAGAACCAAUCAAGAAUAAAGCUUAACAUUGUGAGAUGCCCACCUGUGACCACUGUCCUCAUCAGAAGACCAGACCUGAGAUAUCAGCUGGGAUUUAGUGUGCAGAAUGGCAUUAUUUGCAGUCUGAUGAGAGGAGGGAUAGCAGAGCGCGGUGGGGUGCGUGUCGGCCACCGGAUCAUUGAAAUCAAUAGCCAGAGUGUUGUGGCCACCCCUCAUGAGAAGAUUGUACACAUUCUGUCAAAUGCAGUUGGUGAGAUUCACAUGAAGACUAUGCCGGCUGCCAUGUACCGCUUGUUAACAGCCCAGGAGCAACCAGUUUACAUCUAAAGCUACAACGCUUUCUCAAGCCUCCUGCCCUGUUGUCACCAGAUAUAACCUUAAUCUUGAUGUGAAACUGUCAGCCCUGUGGACUGGUGACUGUGUGACUGAAUCCACUGAAGCUCUGCUCAACAUGGCUCUCCGUGACGCUUCGGUUUCUCUUCACUGCCUCCCCUGAGUUCUUCAUCUCUUCGUUUCUGUUGCUAUGAGUGAGUAUGCUGUGCUGUGUAAUUCCUCUCUCUGUGUGCGCUCAGCUCGCUCCAUGGAAGGAAGCUGAGAGAGUGUGAGAAAUAUUUAAAAAGCCCCAUCACAGUAAGUGGUGUCCUUCAAAAUAGCUAUUAAAACGAUAUACCCGUAUUUACAACACAGCAGUUUGUGGGUGACAAAAAGUACACCUGUGUGAUCGUUAGGUGUACAAAAUGAAAAAGGAGUUUGCCUUAUCAUACUUUUAUGCUGUUAUUUAUUCAAGCUUGGCAACCAUCAAGUGUUUUAGAUUCAACUUUAAUUUUAAGGGCAGCUGUUAGUCUGAGGAAUAUGUUGAAAAAAUGGCAAAAUUCUGAAGAAAAAAAAAAUCAAUCCAUGAUUUGGAAUUUGAGUUGAAUUGGUCAAAGCCCACAGGAUGCUGAAUUGGAAUUGGAAAGACAAGAAAAGUAAUUUACUGAAUUACAAUUUAAAGACAUUCACUAGUUAUUAUUACAUGAAAUAAUAACGUCAUUCAUUUUAACUAAUUAUGUCUAUAUAUUUCCUGACAUGUAGAAUGUAUUUUCUCAAAAGAUUUAGCACAUUAGAACAGCCACCAAAACAGAUUUGAAUUUUUUUCCAUACAAAACCAAAAAAUGUGUUGGGAAUCAACAGUUGAUAGUCUGGGAAAUCAAGUAUUUUUUGUUUUGUUUGUUAUUUUAAUUAU